UGCAUUGAAAUUGAAUGCAAGAAAUGCUGAAUUGUGUUAGGAUAUAUGGGAAAGUGCGAACCUGUCUGUGAAGUCUCCUAAUCUAAUUCUGAUAUUAGGAGCAUCAUUGAAUUCAAUCUUUGAAGUGGCCUUACUCAGUCAAUAUUAAAGAUAUCAAGGUUAUAUUUUACAGAAUGUUCUUUACAAUGUGUAGGAUGAUUAGUUUUCAGUAAAUCACACAAAAUUACUUUAGCUGGGUUUUCAGGGUCACAAAUGUGUUCAAUGUAUGUGUUUUUGUGUACACGUGUUCUAAUAUGUUCCUGUGCUAAUAAUGUGUGUAUGAGCUUUUGUUGGUGUAGAGUAAUGCAUUUGUGUUUUUGUACACACAUAAAGCUAGGGCUUUGACAAAAACAUAGCAUACUAUAUGUGUUUAGCAUAUCAAUACAGAGACAGACUACAGAGAGAGUGCAGCAGAAACAGUAUGAGCAUUCUAGCAAACCCUGUUUCUAUGUACCCGCUGUAUUUAAGGACCAUCUUAGUGGGCAACACGAGCUGACAUGAACAUAUUUACUAAAGUCCCAGGACUAGCCCAACAAACCAGGUAUGUAGUGCAUUUGGAAGCAAGAGCAAAGACAAAAUUACUGUAAUUUAUUUGAGUUUCAGCCAAAUCUACACCUCUCAAUACAGAAUAAGCAUAGUUUGAAAAUUUGAUGACUUUAAAUUUCUAGAUUAGAAUUGUAAUUGUGGAUGUUUACAUCUUAACAUCAGAGAUUUGUGGAAAGGAUUAAACAUUUCCACAAUCUGAAAACUAGCAUACUUGAUCUGUGUGAUCAAAUUGAUUUGAUCACACAAAAUUACCUUGCAGCUGAAAUAAAGUUCAACUUUAAUUUAAACGUUAUAUGUCCUAUAGGAAGAAAAGACUUUAUGGUUUAUGGCAAUUGUCACAUAUUUUUGUGCCAUAAGGCAUUGUUUGAUUGUUGUUUAUAGCAAUGCUAAAGUGUUCUCUUUGUGAAAAUAAAUACACUAAGACUAUUUAUUGUUUUUAGCAAGCUGGGGUCUGUGGUCCAACGCGCCUUUUACGGGUCCAGUGGGAAGGUGACCCUUUUCGAGCAGAGGAACUUUGCGGGUCGGCGACUGGACCUGACCUCUGACUGUCAGAAGCUCAGUGACAAGAACUUUCCUGACAGAUGCAACUCUGUCCAGGUGGAGAGUGGAGCAUGGGUGGGUUAUGAACAUGAGAACUUCAGGGGUCGUCAGUACCUGUGGGACAUGUCUGACAGAGGAGAGUACAACUGCUCUGAAAAGUGGUGUGGACAGGGUGACCAAAUUUCCUCUGUCCAUGCCAUCAAACAGGACAACAACCCUCCACGUGUACAGCUGUUUGAGAGGGCCGGUUUCUCUGGCAAAAAGACAGAGUUUUAUGAUGAUAUUCCCAACUUGAUGAGUCGCUACAGUCUAAACAGAGUCUCAUCCAUCAGAAUAAUGGGCGGAAGCUGGGUGGUGUACCAGGAGCCAAACUACAGAGGAGCACACUAUGUGUUGGAGAAGAAGGACUACAACAGCUUCUCUGACUGGGGUGCCCAAAACAGCACAAUCGCCUCUAUCCGCAGAGUCCGCUUCAACUAAAUGAAAAAAAUAUAUUUCUUAAAAAAAUACACAUAUCU